AUGCCUUUUCAUCCUUUAUCCAAUAAAAAUCGUUUAUUGUCCAAUUAAAUGUCCGUAGCGGCUACUGAAAGUGACUGUGAUAUUUCCUGAUAUGGGCCCUCACCCCCUCCCUCAAAGACAUACACAAAAAAUCUUUUUCCUCAUGUCAACAUUCCGUACAUUUUCAGGAAAGUUUUUAUCAAAACUUGAGAAUGCCAAAUUUGUAGAAGCAGAUGUAAAACCACAACUUGUGUAUAAUGAAGCAAAGAGCAAGUCAUUUUGGCGACCUCCUCGACUUUCAAGACGUAUUCAAGCUGAUUUAAGAAAAGCAUGCAUUCAAGAAGGAAUUGAACCUACCAGUAUUGGAUUAUUACCAGAGACAGCACCUAAAUCACUUAGAUAUAAGCCUAAUAAGUUGGAGAAGCAUGAACGUAUGAGAGCUGAAAGACAAGCUACGAUCCAACGUAAUAUGGAAAAGAUGCCACAGACAAUCCAAGCUUGGAAAGAGGAAAAAUUAAAAGAACUCGCCAAACAAAAGUCUUCAAUGCCAUUUUAGAUUUUAAGCAUUAUUUUAUAAUAAAUCUGUAUGUACAAAUAUCGCAAAACACUACCAAUCUAUUGUGAUGUGCUAUGAUCCAUUACGAGCAAAAGAAUGUCGGAAUAGAGUCAAUUGUGACAUGUCUGGGGUUUAAACUACAUCUUUAUCUCUCUCUUUCUUUUUCUC